UCAGUCAUGGUACUGUGUAUUCUCUGUCCAAAGAGCACCCUUGGAGUGUGAACGCUCAGAAUCGACAAGUGGUUCUGAAGGUCUUAGCUUUUGGAUGUUCAUACUGAGCUAGGUCUUUCUGUUUUUUCAGAAAUACUAAUCCUUGUCCCCAAAAAUCUCAUGUUCUAGUUUUGCAUGAUGGUGAAAAUGAAAACCCCCAAAUGAAAGAAACAGGUUUUUGGUAACCAGUCACUGCCUUAAUGAAAGACUUAUAUAGGUCAUCCACUUGAUGAGCAAAAUUAAAACACAAUAACUUACAAUGGCUGGUAACAAGCCUUUAGAAGCAGAUCAUAGAAGUGGAACUGUGUUUGUGUUUGUGUUUUCACACUUUUUCUUUGAGUGAGACUGUAAAGUGUUGGCUAGCUAUCUUUCCUGUGGACACGUUUGUUUAGAGAAGUUGCGUGCUCUUCUUUUUUUUGUUUAUAAGCAUUUUCUAAGUUUAAACUUCCUUUUUUCUAAGAACAAGUUCUACAUGUGGCUUUCCAGAAGAGUUUUGCGAAACUGGAUUUUGUCCUUACCUUUGAGAGCAAUGCCUCAGUAUACCUUGUGAUGUAGAGAACCUGUUAUUCUUGUACUUCGAUUAGUAGCUGUGUCCCAUCAUUUCAUUGAAUACAAUUGUUCCUGCUUUGUAAUGGAGAAAAUAUAUGAGCAGCAUUAGUCGUUAAGUGUCAGGAUCAAAAAAUUUAGCACUGCUCUAGCUGUGGAAGUCCUUGAGGUAUGUCAAGAGCGUUUUCAUGCUGGGACUAGUCCCCGCAAAGGGCACGAAUAGAGAAAGAAUAUUAGCAUUUAGAGCAAAGCAGCAACAGAUGUGGUAUAUAUUAUAAUCCUUCCACUUUUGUGGUUGCCUAUAACGCAUUUGGCGUGUUAAUAAAGAAACCAAGAAGCAGUCUUCUUCAGAAACGGCCAUGAAAUGUUUUGUUCUUUCUUACUGGAGAACACGCAUGUCCCAUAGUUGGAGAAAGAAAACAGUAAACAGGCCUCUCUUACAAGCAGCGAGCUUGCUUUAUAAGUCAGUUCUGAGGCCAUGAGCUGCUGCUCAGGAAAAAUAUGCAGAUCUCAAAAAUGUUACGUGAAAUCAUAGGAUUCAUAAUAUUAAUGCAAGCUUCAGAUUCCUGUAGCAAAAACAUACAUGGUCACUACAGUGGUUGACACGUUCGAAUCUUGGAUAGACUGGUAUCUCUGAUGAACUUCGACGGUGCUGAAAUGUAAGCUUUUGAAGAGUAUUAUUCUGGAGCCAAUGUGUUACUCUUGAAUAGACUGAAAUUAUUAACAUCUUUUCACUCUGACCUGUAGUAAUUUUAGAUUGGCACUUAUGUAUUAAAAUAAUGCUGUGAGAACAAAAUAGUUGAUGUUGUAAUCAUGAUCACCCUGUCAUUUUGAUAACUAACAAUCAUUUAAUUUUUAUGGUGCUGACAGUUUCUCAUUUUUGAUUUUUAGGUAAAGUUUAUGAAUAUUAGAAGUUGUUACCUUCAGUAUGCCUCUAUACAGAGAAGAGAAAGAACACUUUGCCCUUUCCCUUACGUAUGUGUCACCGUUCUUGCAGGUUUCUGUGCUGAAAAUAGGUAAAGCAGAGUCAGCCAAACUACCUCUGUGAGAAUGAAUGUUUUCACUCCGUGUUAACUAAAGUGUGCUGACAGGAGAUCUGUUUUAGAUUUGGCACAGCUUACUCCUCUACCAGGUAACAAGGAUGGGAUCAGCCUUUGUUUAUAAGGGAGUCUGACCUUUACCUUUGGAGAGUUUUGUAGGAACACAAUCUCCAUAUUCCUGUUAAAUACAUUAUCAUAAAUACUGCUAUUCUGAACUUCUACUACUAAACAAUGUAGCAGUCUAAUAAAUGUAUCAAUGUAAACUAUGAUGGUUUAAUAUUUGACUGCAAAUUUAAGUUUUUUUAAAUAAGGAUCUAAAGGAAUAUAUUGAAAAUCAACUAGAUUAAAAUAGAGCCCAAGGCUCGUUAGCCCAGCAGUUGACACUGCAACUUGAUAAGGAUUCAAGUUGUAUUAGUCAAAUUUUGUGUAUAUGAACUAGCACAUAGGAUCAAGCAAAGAAAAGAUAACUAAAAUGAUUUGUAGUAACUUUCAUUUUGAAAUUAAUAUCCUAAUACAAUUUAUACUGUUAACAAGCAAGAGCAGCAGUUUAACAGUGAGUUUCUUUGUAGCCAAAUAUUAUAAAUUGGUUUAAGACAGUAUAGGUUGUAUACAUGUCUCCUAUUUGUGAAAGAAUUAUAGAUUUCAUUAGUUGAAAAAAUAAGACCAUAGCAUUAAUCCACACUUAAAAUACAGUUGCCGAUCAUAAAAAUAUGUCCAUAAGUAAUCAAUAGCAGAAAAAGGUGGAUUGUCACUUUCAUCUUUUCUGCCAUUCUGUUUUGUCCUAUCUCUCUGUUUUACAGUUCACUUUGCUCUUCAGGGAAUGAAUCAGCGUGCAGCUGAAACCAGAUUAGCCAUUACAGGAAACGAGAAUCCUACCAGAUUUGAAUGGAGAGAAGCAAACAGACAGGACUGUUACCCUCUUCAGAGGCCUAUGGAAGCACUGUGGUGUCUUUUGUUAUCAAUACAAUGCAGAAGCAAAAGUUCCUGGGGUAAGCAGGUGACUGUUUAGGAGACGAAGUGAGUUAAAGUGAGUGAAUGUAAUUUCUGAUGCCAUAUUGGUAUCCUGAGCCACAAAUCACUGGAGGCAAGGAGAGCAUACCAGCAGUUACUAUGUACUACAUAUAUACUACAUCUUGCUAUGUUCUUACUCCCUUCUGUAGGCUGUUGGCUGCUGAUGCACACAGCACAUGGACUUAGCUGAACUCUUAAUUUGACCUGGCUUUUAUUCACCAAUAUUUUUUUUCCCACAUAAUAACUUGGAUCUCAAAAACUUAAGACAGGUUAGUAACAUUCCAUAGUACUUUUUACCAAAGUGUGUUUUCAACAUUUUCAGCAUUACCUGGAAAAGAACUAAAGCUUAAAGCAGAAAUGGACAUGCAUGCUGUGCAGAUACUUGUAUGGAUAAUAAAGUUUUGCGUUUCUAUGCUGUUGCCAUGCAAACAUUUAGUAAAAGCACUUGGCAAAUGCUAAUGAAUUUGUUGCCACGGACAUGGGGAACAGAAACAUAGACGUGGAGGCUAAAAUGUUUCAAAUUUGAGUAUCUUAAAUUAGACACCAAAGUGUUUUUAGGACCUACGAUGAAAAUGAUUAUUUUUUUACAACUCUGGAAUAUUCAGAGCUCUCUGCAAAUGGUAUCAUUAUUCAUAAAAAAUCGAAGCACUUGCAGGAGGGACACCAUUUCUCCCAUCAGUGUGGAGAGAAAGGCCUAACUCUAAUAGAGUUAAUUGCAAAGCUCCCAUUCAGGGAGUGAGCAUUUUGUUCCUUGAUUCUAGGAAGGGAGCAACUAAUGCUGUGUCACUGAGGCCGGUAAGAGUUUUACAGUGGAUCUCAGUGGGAGUUUUGCAACCCAUUUCUGAGGAUUUCACCAUCACUGCUGUGCUGGUUAAUAUUCCUUAUGAAUCUUAACCUUUUGGAUGAACCUACGAGACGUGAGUUUCUUCCCAGAGUGAACUGACCUGGACACUCAGCAUGCACAACAGCAGUGCUGAAGCUCUGCAUGCGCCUGGAACGUGUAACGAGACCAUGUCUUCACAGCCACUGAGCUCAGAGUUCUCGCUGGGGGUGUUGGUGCUCCUGGCUGUCCUUAUGGUGCUGCUAGCUCUGAUCACAACCCUUGGAAACGCCUUGGUGAUCCUUGCUUUCAUACUGGACAGAAACCUCCGGCAUCGGAGUAAUUACUUCUUUCUCAAUCUUGCUAUUUCUGACUUUGCAGUGGGUGCUUUUUGUAUACCUUUGUACAUCCCUUACAGCCUGACAGGGAAGUGGCACUUGGGAAGAAGCCUGUGCAAGCUCUGGCUAGUUGUGGACUAUCUUGUGUGUACAGCUUCGGUGUUUAAUGUUGUCCUUAUCAGCUAUGACCGUUUCCUGUCAGUUACAAAAGCUGUAUCUUACAGAGUCCAGCAGGGAGCGGCCUCCAGCCCUGUUGUCAAGAUGGUAGCCAUCUGGGUCUUGGCCUUCCUCCUCUACUGCCCAGCAGUUCUCUUCUGGGAGCACGUGACCGGCUGCAGCGUGGUUGUGGAGGAUCAGUGCUACGCUGAGUUCUUCAACAACUGGUACUUCCUCCUGUGCGCCUCCACCUUGGAGUUCUUUGUACCACUGAUCUCAGUGACCUAUUUCAAUGUGCACAUCUUCUGGAAUAUCCAGAAGCGCCAGAGACGUGGCAGCGUGCAGGAGGGUGAACCUCCAAAGAGCAGCAGCUUGUCUUGGAGAUCUUGCCUCUUGCCAAGGCAAGGAUUAUCUUCUGCAGAAGCAGAGGACAGCAUUUCAUCAUUAUCAAGGUCAUGGAGACCAGCAGUGGCGGCUAACUGUCCUUCUCCAACACGAACCAACUCCAUAACCCUCAAAAAUGAUCUCUCUGCUUCUUUCCGUGCAAAGACCAAGUCAAAACUGCAACGGGAUAAGAAAAUUGCGAAGUCACUUGCCAUAAUUGUGUGCGUCUUUGUCAUUUGCUGGGCCCCAUAUACGUUACUAAUGAUUAUUCGUGGGGCCUGCCAAGGAACCUGCAUCCAUAAGACCUUGUAUGAAAUUACGUUUUGGCUUUUGUGGCUCAAUUCGUCUUUGAACCCAUUUCUCUACCCCCUCUGUCAUAUGAGGUUUCGAAUGGCUUUCAUGAAAAUAUUAUGUCCCCAAAAGUGUGCAACAUUGAGAUCACGUAACACACCUUCUUUUUAGAGAGUUAAAGCAAAGGACUUACAGAUAAGUUUCCUCUCUUAUUUAGUGCAAUUUUUUUAUAUCUUCAGCAGAAAUAUAGGAAAAGCUUUUGUUUACUGAUGGUAUUGAUUGAGAGUGCAGUAGAGGCAUGUACUUGCCCUGAUUUUAUUUUUUUGGUUUUGCUUGUAUUGUGCCAAGAUAAACACCAUCUAGUGCAAAGAAAAGUAUAACAA